AUGGCCACGGCUCGACCAGCGAUGCAUCAGACGCUGUCUACUCCAGAGUUAUUAGAGUCCAUUCUGCUGCAACUAGACCUUCGUACGCUCCUGACGUCCGCGCAAAGAACCUGUCGGACAUGGCGGAAUCUCAUAAAGGAGUCCCCGGUAUUGCAGAGAGCCCUCUUUUUUAUGCCUCGCAGCGGGGAUUCCCACGGUCGCAAAGUGCCGAAUCCACUUUUGGCCGAAGCAUUCCCAUUCGUCUUUGACACCGCGAUGGAUGGGAGAGUCCCUGCCUAUCGCACUGGCGAAUGCCUCUCAACCUUCCGUAUGGCCAAAUACCCAGAAACGCAAGCGGCAUUUCUUCGCCGAGAGGCCAGCUGGCGUCGCAUGCUGGUGCAACAGCCCCCGGUCUUUAAGCUGGCGCGGUGGCAUUCGUUCUUGGGCGCCUUUGGCGUCUAUCUCUAUUAUGAGGUUCCGGGAGACCCCCGCAAAACACGAGACGGUCUACGCAUGGAAACGCUAUUCGAGCAUAUCUUCUUUGCCCCACCGCUUGACUUGGGCUUAUUUGAAGCGCCAAGGAUGACCUGGUGGGGUUGCAAUGCAGCGGACCGGUCAAUCGUGAGUCAUCUCGAGAGCUUGGGGGAGUUUGGAGUCGACGCCGAUAUCCUGAUCUCCUCCUGUAGCAGUCAUGGCUGCGAGCCCCCCGACGUCCGGGAGGAGGACCAGACUGGGGACGCCCGAUUGGGCUCGCAGGUAUGGAAUGGCUAUCAUGAAUUGGGUCUGAGGGCUCGGUGUCAAGAGGAGGAGGGAUGGAUGGGCGAUGUCCGCCAGCUGCCAUUCCAGUUGGACCUCGAGAUCGACGAGGAUCUGUAG